AUGGAGAGGUGUAGGAAGUGCGUGACACAGAGGAGGGGAGAGGUAAAAGAGGAAGACAAAGACGGCGAGGGAGAAGGGUAAAUAAGCGGGGAGGGAAAGAUGAAGACAGAUAGAGAGAGAGAGAGAGAGAGAGAGAGAGAGAGAGAGAGAGAGAGAGAGAGAGAGAGAGAGAGAGAGAGAGAGAGGAAUUGCUGGAGUGGGUGGCGUAUCUCUCCAUUUGGAUGAGGGAUUUUAAUUUUGUUCCGCUGUGGGGAUGAAGUGGUGUGAAUCAACGUUUCCUUUCUCAAUCGCCCACUCUUUCUACCUCUUAGAAUAGGAUGACGGUAGUCUGGUAACCCUAAUGAAGCAAAUGAUACAGCGAGAGAGUGAGGGAUGGCAUGCUAUCCAUAGAUUCCCAUUGCUGGAAAGCACUGGGAUGAAAUACGAUUCUCCACCCAUUGAGCAGGAGUAUUCAUCACAUUCAUUAACGUUUUUUCAACAAAUAUGACAUCGGGAACCAGACGUUUUUUAUUCCCAUAGAUUCACCCUCUCUUUGGGUGGUGUGUAUUAUUCCCUGUGUGUGUGUAUGUGUGUGUAUGUGUGCGUGCGUGUAUGAGUUAUACCUCAUCCUAACUCUCCUGUCUCCCUCUCUCUCCAGGCUGUGUGUGCAGUGGGAAUGUUUGAGCUGCAGAUCCGUCACUUCCAGAACCCCCAUGGUGUGCUGCAGAGUGGGGAGUGCUGUGACCUCGAGGACACAGGGGAGCAGCACUGCUCUCUCACGGACCAGUGUGACACCUUCUUCAGGGCCUGCCUCAAGGAAUACCAGGCCCGGGUCAUCCCCACUGGAGCCUGCACCUUCGGUGUGGGCAGCACCACCGUCCUGGGGGGCAACACCCAAUCCCUCCGUCAUCGAGGGCACGACAGAGGAGGAGCAGGUGAUGGCACUACAGGACACAUUGUCAUUCCCUUCAAAUACGCCUGGCCGGUGAGUACAGAAGUGUAGCUACAAUGUGGUUACCAUGGUAACAUGAUACAGUUCAAGUAGGUACACACUCACAGGGACCUGUGACAGUGUUGACACUAGCCCUUAGCGUUCAGUCAAGCGGCUUUGCUACUAUUUGCACAAACUAGUAGCAGUUUUCUACUUGUCUAAACAUGGGCAUUGGAUGCUGAGAUAAUGCUCUUUCUCUCCGUCCUCUCACUUCCUCUCUCUCCUCCUAAACUCUUCCCUGUUGUGUUGUUGCAUCAUUAAGGUCUCUGAUAUCGCUCCUCUCUGUCUGACUUCGUGUAUUGACUUUUCUGUGUCUGUAUCAGACAUGGAGUCCAGGCUGGUGGCUAUGACUCUUCAUUAAAGAGCAGGCCUAUUAAUCGCACAUUAGACUCAUCGAUAAUCCAAUUCUAUCUCUCUCCUCUUCAAUCAUCCACCCCCCUCUCCUGACCCAAACAAAACAGAAACAACAAAUAAAAGUGAAGAGGAAUUUUGAUGCCUUGAGGUUGAGUGGAGGACUUGAUGGGGGAUAGAAAAGCCCUCUGACCAAAAACUGUCCAAGUCAGUUGGUUCUGGCUCACAGAGUUUGUGUAUUGCUGCUGCUCACAAAUAUGUUGUUUUAUUUGCCUGUUACUAAGCCCUGAGAUGUUCGCUAGGGGGGUGAGGGAGGGCGGGCAGGCAUCUGGAGGGGGAUGAAAGCUUUUAGCUGGUGCAAGAGAGGGACACUAAUGUUCUCAAUGAGCAGAGUUCAUCCCUCCAUUUCCAUCCUUUUACUCCUUCCAUCCCUCCAUCAGCGCCCAUUAGAAGUAGUUCCCUGGCUUUUUACUGUAAUUACUGUCUGUUUGUUUCCGAGUCAUUUCGGGGCCAGAGCCACAGCGACUAG